GGUACUCUUGGCCGGAUUGCGAGAAGGCCAUCUGCAGUCUUCUAAAGAACUGAAAGGAUGGCUGGACUGGAGACAACUGCUGAAUUGACCAUUGCCCGAGCACAUCGCGAGAACACGCUCCUCCCUUAACGCCUCCUGCAUCCGAUCAGGGGUUGAUAUGUAGAUAGUCUCUUAUAAAUCAUCACAUGUCAACUUGUGUGCGCCGGCACGGGGCGGAGGAGGCACGGCGAGUGGUCUGCAUACUCUGGCGCUGUUUCAAAACCAAUAAAUGAGGUGGAUUGAGCCGAUCGAGCCAUGCAGGCGCUGACCCAUCCAUAGUGCUGAUUCUGGACUCCUGCUCUCUCCCUGCAGAGCGGGGGCGUGGGGGAAGAUGGCCAUGGCAUAAUUAGUAGUGAUUGCUUUGAUUGAGCUCCUCAGACCAGGCCUCUGUGCUGGUCCUUCAGGGGAACAAUGAAGACUGUCAGACCUUUAAUUAUUGAAUAAUUGUCAGUAAGGAAUGGCAGUGCUUAGCGAUAUAAAAUUAAUACUGUAAUCCAGCCCGAAGUGACAUAAUUAGAAAUAGCGGGAACGGCUUCCCGGACAGGAAGCGCUCGUGCCGUUGGAGUCUCCUGUGGCGAUGUCUGGAAACCCAGUGGAGCGGUGGAAGCCCACUCAUGUGAAGAUAAAGCCCCAUGUAGCAGCAGUGGCAGUGCUGAGAGAAACAGGAAGUCCCAAGUGGGGUUGUGAGUUCCCAGCGCAGUGCGAUGGAGCCGUCCCAACCACGUAGCCUCGGAGUCGGGCUCUGGUCAUCAGAAGCCACUGCUCAUGUGAUGGUGACACGCAAGAUGUAAAACAUGUAUCCAUCACAAAGAGGCCUGUCGAAUCAGGAGACCCUUUGGAGCAAAGAAGGCACAACGUAUGUGAUUGUAUCUGUACUUUGAAAAAGUAAACAAGGACAAAACAAGCUACUGACCAAGGAGGAUUUUUUUCUCUUAGAAAAAGCAGACGUGAAUUCCUUUCCCGCAAAAGCUAUAACAGUUGAGAGACUAAAUAUUCAGCAGGACAUCUGAACCUUUAAAACCAGCCUAUCAACUUUUGGAAUACAGGAAGGGUCAUGACCCAGUUGCCAUGCGCAUCACCACGGUGACAAGCCUUCCUAGUCCCUCCCCCCUUCUCCUCUUAUUGGCUCAGCUGCUGUUGCGGCUUAUCCUCCCUGGCCAACAGGCAGCAGGAGCCGCUUCAACCUGUCCCACUCCCUGCAGUUGUUCCAAUCAAGCUAGUCGAGUGAUCUGUACGAGACGAAACUUAGACGAGGUGCCUGAUCAUAUAUCAAACAACACACGAUACCUCAACUUACAAGAGAACUCGAUACAGGUCAUAAAAUCAGACACAUUCAAGCAUUUGCAGCACCUGGAGAUCCUCCAGCUCUCCAAGAACCAGAUACGUCAGAUAGAGGUCGGUGCUUUCAAUGGCCUCCCAAACCUCAACACUUUGGAACUGUUUGACAACCGCCUCACUCUGGUACCAUCACAGGCUUUCGAGUACCUCAGCAAGCUGCGGGAACUGUGGUUACGAAACAAUCCCAUUGAGACCUUGCCAGCUUAUGCUUUUCACCGGGUCACCUCACUGCGGCGUCUUGACCUCGGUGAACUUAAGAAGCUGGAUUAUAUAUCUGACGCAGCCUUUGUCGGACUUAUCCACCUGCGCUACCUGAAUUUGGGAAUGUGUGGCCUGAAGGACAUCCCUAACUUGACUCCCCUGGAACGGCUGGAAGAGCUGGAGUUGUCUGGGAACCGUCUGGAAAUCAUCAGACCCGGAUCCUUCCAAGGCCUGAAUGCGUUGCGUAAACUGUGGCUCAUGCACUCUCAAAUGUCUGUCAUUGAGCGCAAUGCAUUUGACGAUCUCAAGAACCUGGAGGAGCUCAACCUAUCCCACAAUUCCCUGCACUCAUUGCCCCAUGACCUUUUCACACCUCUGCAGAAGCUGGAGAGAGUGCAUCUCAACCAUAACCCGUGGGUCUGCAACUGCGACGUGCUGUGGCUAAGUUGGUGGCUUAAAGAAACCGUGCCGAGCAACACAACCUGCUGUGCGCGGUGCCAUGCACCCCCCUACCUGAAGGGAAAAUACAUUGGAGAGCUGGACCAGAGCCAUUUCACCUGCUAUGCCCCUGUUAUUGUGGAGCCACCAACUGACCUCAAUGUGACCGAGGGGAUGGCCGCAGAGCUCAAGUGUCGCACCGGCACCUCCAUGACCUCUGUCAACUGGAUCACACCAAAUGGAACCCUAAUGACCCACGGCUCUUAUCGAGUCAGGAUUUCUGUUCUGCACGAUGGCACACUGAACUUCACCAACGUGACGCUGCGUGACACGGGUCAGUACACCUGCAUGGUGACCAACUCUGCUGGGAACACCACUGCAACUGCUGUUUUAAAUGUGACCUCUGCAGAUGUCAGCGUCAACUACACCUACUUCACCACAGUCACUGUAGAAACUGUUGAGACUACAGGAGAGGAAGAUUCUGCUUUGCGUGUCUUUAAUGAGACCUUCAUUAAUAUCCUUGGCCCUACACCCUCUGGGCACCUCUUGCAUGAUGCUGUCCCCACUACUGCUUCUUCUCUGUCUAUCCUUGGCUCAUCCUCCUCUCCCCGUGCGACCAAACCCACAUUCACUGUCCCCAUCUCUGAGCCUAACUACCCUUCUGGGCUAGACGAUGUGAUGAAGACCACCAAGAUCAUUAUUGGUUGUUUUGUGGCCAUUACCUUCAUGGCGGCUGUCAUGCUGGUGGUAUUCUAUAAAUUGAGGAAGCAGCACCAGAUGCACAAACACCACGGUCCGGCACGAGCGAUCGAGAUCAUUAAUGUUGAAGAUGAGAUUGGAGCUGGAGCGGGCAUUCGUGGCAGUGGCAUCUCGGGAGGAUCAACAGUACCGCAAGGAGGGUCUGGCGGACAUAGCCUGCGGCUUCACCAUCCCGAGAUUGUCAAUCUCCCCAACCUUGCCCGAGCGGAGCAUCUGAACCAUUACUACAAAGCUCAUCACUUCAACAAUAACAUGAUGGGUCUGGGUAUUGGUGGAGGCUGUGGCGGAGGCCUAAAUAAUAACAACAACCCUUCUCCCUGCUCCCAGGCCCAGACUACCCCCAUCUCAUGCACCCAGGUGCCUGUUUCUGCAGGAAGUACAUGCUCCAUGCCUUCUUCAAUGCCCCUGCCAACCCUUGGCAUUCACGGGUCACUGAAAGGCCUGAUGAGUAAAGCCCAGAACCCACAGAUUGAGCCAUUGCUCUUUAAGAGCGGCUCCAAAGAGAAUGUCCAAGAAACCCAGAUUUGAAUUUGAGAAAGAGAGAGAGGGAGGGAGAUAAAUGUACAGGGAGUCAGAAACAGUUGAAGGGUAUUGGCUAUUCAACCCUAUGGGUAUGUUCUCAGGAGUCAUGAGAAAAGGUAGAGCCAGCAUUGUAUGAAAUAUCACCUGCACGAGAAUAAUACACAGCUGUGAAAUCACUACAAAGUCAAUGCGCUGGCAGAUAGUUUUGAGGAGGAAAACAGCAAACCUCACCACUGCUAAAAUCUUUGACACACUCUGAUCCAUCUGUAUUUGGGUGAACAUCGAACAUCAGUAACACACAUUUACCAAUACAAUAUGAAUCAAUACAUUACUGUUUAAUGUGAGGUUGAUAAUUAUGUGCCAAACUUGCACCAAUCUGUGCCAAAGCAAAAUCUUUGCACAUCAACAUCACUACGCAUGUGUACAAACACAACUCAGAAUGUGAAAGAUCAGUAUACUAGCUUCACAUAUACAAAACUCCAUACACAAAGCAGAGAUGCUGCAAAAAUCUGAAUACACCAUAUGCACCAUUAGGCAGGAAGUGUAUAUAGAAAUACAUGAGAAUAAGCUGAAGUGUUUACGGACACAAGUGGCUGAGAACGAAAGACCACCCAUGAAAAUGGUUUGGAGUGCAACAGUAAAGCUCAGAGAAGAAAAUGGAUCAUUAAGAUUUUGUCAUGGUUCACAGUCCUGCAGAAGGAAAGAUGAAUGGUAGGCCAGCACUGUGCAGAGGACUCGUGUUCGAUAAUUAUAAACUCAGAUUCUCCCGUCUCGCAAAGGCUCUCACAUGUGAGGUGAAGAGAGGAAAAUGGAAAAAAUACCUACAAAGCAAAAAGACAAUGGAAGCUAUAUCAGUUUUAAGAGAAUAUAUAAACUAUGAAAGUAUACGUGAUAUAUAAAUAUAUUUUCAUUCAGAGAAAUAAAUUAUGAAGAAUCUUUACAUUUUUCUGACUAAAAGCCACGGCUUUUGAAGAACCCUCGUGGGACUUCAUCCUGAGAGGUUGAAGAACAGGAUGAAUAUACGAAUUCUGGAAAUUGUAUUUGAUUACAAAUACUUUGGCUUUGUUUUUUAAGUCUUAAAAGGUUUCCCUUUUCCGGUUCUAUAACUAACAGGGUCAUUGAGGAGAGGUAAUUUUAAUUCACAUUAUAAAUAGACUACUGUAUAAUUCUUCUGGCCUUUGAGAUCCAAAUCGGGUCAAUUUCAGUAUCACCAUUAUCAAUGGAAUUAUAAAGACAGUGAUGAUGAUACGUUGUAAUGCAAUGAAAGUGUAGAAGCUGAUCUACAUGCUGCUAUACAAAAAUGGAUUUUAGUGUGACAAGUUAUGAAAUCUGAUUACAAAGCAGAGUAAAAAACGGUUACGGUUGACAUUACAAUUACUAUCAUCAUUAUUGAAAACCAUCAAGUGUCAACAGCAUAGCAGAUUGUUUUAGUCGGUUUCUUUGUUUUUACCUAGAGGUGAUGUUUGUAAUUCAUUGUGUAAAAAGUGAUUGUCGCUACAGCUGAUGAUCAUCUCAUUGGAAAAGCAGUGGAAUUACAGUACUGGAAGCACUACAGUAUGAAGCCGUAACUACAACAACUAAAAAAAGGAAUCGGAUGGGCCUUAAAAUGGUUCCCUCAAUGGCCUGUCCUCUCCGUUUUGUACAAGACUAAACUUUACCAGGACCCUGCUUCUUUGCCAAUGUGAUUCAACAUGAUUCAGAACAGAACACAAACUCUGGCGAUUACUGCAGGGGUAAAAUGGAUUAUUGUGAACACUGUGUCCAGAGAUGUGGAUGAUGGAACUGCUGUUUAAACCGAAUUCUGACAGAAGAUGGAGGACCCUAUUUGAAAGGUAAGAGAACCCCACUCAGUGAGAGAGAAUGGAGCUUGGAAUUUUUUUAUGAAAAUGGACAAAUAAAAAGGAAAACUAUAGAAACUUAUAGAGCUCUUUUAAAACAAAACUAUUAUGAUAAGUGUCUUUCAUUAUUUGUUUUUACCUAGUUUCAUUUUGUUUUUUCUUUAUCGAAAUCAAGUGUUAUCUUAAUUGUAAUAUUGUUAUUGUUAUUAUAAUUAGCUAAUAUUACACUCGUUAUAAUUAUGAAAAAUGUUCUGUUAGCAGAAGUCACUUCGAAAUUGAAAAAAAUAUAAAUAUAUGGCACACAAAACGGCAACUGAAUUUGUGAAACUCGGUGGCAUUGAUUUGUUCUAUGUUUUUGCCUUUUCUUUUCUCAUGUAUUUUGAGGUAUCACUGUAUGUAACCGUUGGAGAUUAUAGCUUGGAGAAACUUCUCCAGAAGUACAGAGAGAAUGUGAUGUGGCUGGUGGUUGUGUCUUUCUCUGCACAGAACCAGCUAUGAGAGACAGAUAUACACUUGUUCUGAGAAUGUCACCCAUUAUCAUUGCCGAGAAGUGCGACUGUGCGUGUCAACACCCUGUUGCCACGGCAACACGCCUUUGCGCUAAUGUGCCAAACACUGUCGAAGUCGGGGUGCCGUCUUCAUGGGUGCCCGUGUCUGUGUUUGUCAAACCUUGUUACCCUGCAACACAUACAAAUAAUCGCGCACAAGCGUGCUGCCACCACCGUGUCAGUUGUCAUCCGACAUAUUGUCGCACCCAUACUCUGGCACAGCUUCCCAGCAGGUUCCUAUGGUGAGGUUUCCCUGGCAACUGUUGCUGCUGCGACAGUCCCCAUAACAGCAUUCAGGUCUCGGAUGCAAAUGCGAGGACGGAGGCAGAAUAGGACGCCAUUUACGAGGACAUAACCGCCUCGCUUACCCCGCGCUGUGUUAUCCGUGUUCUUAACUCAGAAAUUAGCAUAUUUACGGCACUAAGACUGCACCUCGGCUCUGCAUAUCAAUAAACCCCCUUAUCAUUGACAUUCAUGAACCUGGAGUAGCAGUUAGCGAGAUGUCCGUAUCUAAUACACCAUUAAUCUUCCAUAGGUAUACAUCCCUUAAACUACAUUAAUUCAUAUUCUCCCUCUCAUACCAGUGAUUUGCAUAUGCUCAUUCGGUUCCUGAGUGAUUAACAUAAACAUCUGUUUGUGUGUCCAUAUGUGCGUACCAGAGAGCAAUCGUAUUACGUUUAUGCUUGAGGCAUCUGCUUUCUUUCCAAAGCAACUUAUAAGAAAGUGUUGCCAAGCAGACUGGUUGUAGGACAGGGCAGAGACUGUUAUAACAUAUCACAUAUCGCAUCCUCUCCGAGCUUACAUUUUAUAAAAGUCUUUAUAAAGCAUUUGAAAGCUGUGUCAAAGGUAUAAAGACGGGAGCCUUUCUCUCCUUCGUAGCACUGCGGUAUCUGAGUCACAGGGAUGGAAACUUAAAACACACACACUCGUACACACAGAGCUGAUGAUUCUGAGCUCUCUCAUAAACAUACUUUGCAGAGAAAAACCUGCCCACCAGCCGGUUAGGACUUAUGCAAAGAGCAUCCGAGAGUGUGGUGUUGCAGGUUGGGCUUAACCGUGUGUCUCUGUGUGAGUGUAUGAUUACUACAAUUGCUCAAGAAAUUGGCCAUAUCAGCUUUUGUAAGCUUAUUUUAAGACGUUCAUGUAUUUUCAUCAAUGUUUCAUUAUUGAUAUGGUUUUGUUGCCCUCGUGUGUGUGUUUUAAAGGAAGACUGUGUCUUUAGUUGUC